CGGAGGGGACAAGUCGUACAUCCAAAGCAAAGCAAAGCAAAGCAAAGCAUCAAGCUCACACCUCGAGAGUACGAGCUCGAGCUUAGCCAAGCAAUCAAGCUUACUUGCCUUCUUCUUCUUCUUCUUCCUUGAGUUGAUUGAUUGCUACUAGCUCAGACAGCAAUGGAGGUCAAGGUAUUGAGCAGCAAGCUCGUCAAGCCCGCCUACAAUGGCGGUGUCGCCGCGGCCCCCGACGUGGAGUAUAUUCCUUUGUCGAUCUUCGACAAGGUGACGUACAAGAUGCAGAUGGCGAUCAUCUACGCGUUCCCGCCGCCGGCGCCGUCGACGGCGGCCAUCGAGAAGGGGCUCGCGGCGGUGCUCGCGCAGUACCGCGCGUUCGCGGGGCAGCUCGGGGAGUCGCCCGACGGCGAGGCGGCGGUGGUGCUGAACGACCGCGGCGCGCGGCUGGUGGAGGCGGCGGUGGACGCCGACCUCGUGGACAUGGCGCCGGCGAAGCCCACGCCGGAGCUGCUCCGGCUGCACCCGGACCUGGAGGGGGAGCUCCAGGAGGUGGUGCUGCUCCAGCUGACGCGGUUCAGGUGCGGCUCCCUCGCCGUCGGGUUCACCUCCAACCACGUCGUCGCCGACGGCCACGCCACCAGCAACUUCCUCGUGGCGUGGGGGCGCGCCACCAGGGGGCUCCCCAUGGGCGCCCCGCCCGUGCACCACCACGCCGCCCUCUUCAAGCCCCGCCCCUCGCCGCACGUCGAGCACGACCACCGCAACAGAGAGUACUACCUCCCCGCCGCCGGCGACGACAGCCACGGCCACGGCGACGGCGGCGCGGCGGACAACAUCGUGAUCCACAAGGCGCACUUCACCAAGGACUUCAUCGCCGGCCUCCGCGCGGCGGCGUCGGAGGGGCGCGGCCGGCCGUUCAGCCGGUUCGAGACCAUCCUCGCCCACCUAUGGCGCACUAUGACGCGCGCCCGCGGGCUCAGCCCCGACGAGGCCUCCACCAUCCGCCUCUCCGUCGACGGCCGCCACCGCCUCGGCGCGCCGGCGGAGUACUUCGGCAACCUCGUCCUCUGGGCGUUCCCGCGCGCCACCGUCGGCGACCUCCUCACCCGGCCGCUCAAGCACGCCGCGCAGGUGAUCCACGACGAGGUGGCGCGCGUCGACGGCGCCUACUUCCGCUCCUUCCUCGACUUCGCCCUCUCCGGCGCCGGCGGCGACAAGGAGGGGCUCGCGCCGAGCGCCGUGCUCAAGGACGUGCUGUGCCCGAACGCCGAGGUGGACAGCUGGCUCACCUUCCCGUUCUACGAGCUCGACUUCGGCACCGGCAGCCCGACCUACUUCAUGCCGUCGUACUUUCCGACGGAGGGGAUGCUGUUCCUGGUGCCGUCGUACCUCGGCGACGGCAGCGUCGACGCCUUCGUCCCCGUCUUCAACCACAACCUCGAGGCAUUCAAGGAGUGCUGCUACUCCAUGGAGUAAAAUUCAAAAUCAAAAUCAAAAUCAAAUCAUUUAUUCGUUAUUAUUAUUGAUUAUGGAGUAAUAAUAAUAAGUUAAAUUUUUAUUAUUAUUCCAUUGUCUUAAAAGCAAAUUAUGGAUUAAUGAUAUAUAUAGAAGAAGAGAGGGAAAUUCAAGAUUUAGGUAGUGAAUUAACCAUUUCUUUUCACCAUUUUGUACGUAUGCAUGUGCAUGGGUACGUACAAAAAGAAAGGAAAAGGUUACAGGCUGGGUACUUAGUACGUGCCAAAUUGGUGCCAACGCGGGGGGUGGUUAGAUGUCGAGGUUAUCAAUUUGGUGAGGGGUGGUUAUUAGGUUGAAGCGCACGUUAAUUAAUCAAAUUAAUUAUAAGGCGUUUGCUUGUUUGUUUACGAAUUACGACAACGUAUACAGUACGAGGAGUACUAUAUUUUCUUCUACUGUUUUUUUUUUCUGGCUUGGAUUCAUUUAGCUUGGAUCAGGGGCGUUUCCAUGUUUCACCAAGUUUUGGAUGAUAUCUGUGUAACACACUGUAUGUAAACCGGUCUAGUAUAGUAUUUGUUUAAGAGGUGAAUGGAAAUGUUGCUUGGAAUUCGGCUAUAAAUACAAGAAAUAAUUUUGUUCU